AUGAUCCAUGGCAUCGAAACUGCUCUAGAGCACGAACUCUUUCACCAUUACAUCAACUUUGUGCCCCAAGCCUUCUCCCUGGCCACCAUUCGAAGCGCUCCGUUUCACUCUAUUUUGAUCCCACAGGUUCUUCGCGAUCGAGGGCUAUUGUAUACACUGCUCAGCAUUGCCGCAACCCAUCUGCUGAACCUAGACUAUUCCGACAUGAGCGAACCACGACAGAGAUCAAUCAAGAGCACACGAUGGCAAUUGCGUGGCAAAGCUCUGAAAUGCCACGUGGAGAAAGUGGCGGCUGUGUCAGUGCUGGCUGUGUCAGUGCCGGCGUUUUCGGAUUCGAGCGUCCAAGUCAAAUUAGAUGUUGCUUUGGCGAGCACUCUUAUGCUUCUACAACUGGACUGCCUUGACAGUGGCAAGGACGGCCAUUGGCGUCUUCACUUGUUCGCCGCAUCAGAGCUUGCUCGUCAACGGGUCAAGGAAGGUUGGAGCAACAUGGACGCUGACGGAACACCCACAAACUCGAGAGACGACAAGACUGUGGUCCGUUUCUUCCUCGAUUUAUAUCGCUACGACGAUGUGCUCGCUUGCGUAACGCUCGACGAACACCCGUGCCCGAUCGACCCGGUCUCCUCGUCCGAGAAAACCGGGAGCUACAGUCCUCUGCCUCAAACUUAUCAUAGCUUACUCUCUAUUUUGACGCAGAUUGUGGAACUUCGCCGGCGGGCUCUGCCCGAGCUGUCGUUGGACCAAACCUCUUUUGACCGAAAUCUCGCAGAUGUAAACACCGAUGAAUUCACGAAAAGUUUGGAGCUUUGUACACUGAUUCAAAACUGGAAGAUCAAGCCCGAUUCACAAGGAGACAUGAUCCUAGGCGAAGUUUACCGUCGGGCCUGCUUUAUCUUUCUUUAUCUCACCACUUAUCCGUACGACAUCGCUGAUGCAAAGGUCAAAUGUGCUCUCGAAGAAGGGCUGGCACAUCUGGAUCUUCUUGCCUCACAUGAAAUUGCUCUUAAAUGCGCGACCUUUCCGCUCUUUAUCUUUGGCAUAGCAGCCUUGCAGCAUGACCAACAAGACAUGGUUACCAAGGUUCUCGACCUUAGUUUCCGUCAGUCCGGCAUUGGCAACGUCAAGGAAGUCCUCACUUUUCUCAAAGAAUGGCGGAUUCGAGGAUACGACCAGAAUAAUCUGACUUUUUGGCUGUGGGAGGACGAGAUCAGAGCCAGACAGAUGUAUCUGUUUCUGGUGUGA